AUGACGUUUGUUUAUGGUGACCUUGUUUUGGAACGAAGAGAUCAAGUUUGGGAACGUCGUACGCGUUUCUCAACAACUAGAACUGGACCUUGGUUCAUGAUUGGAGACUUCAAUAAAAUCACGGGUCACAAUGAGAAGGAAGGAGGGAGACAGCGUUCAGAUAGCUCGUUCCUAUCCUUUAAGCAAAUGCUUACAGAUUGUGGGAUGUUAGAGUUUUCUUUUACGGGGGACAUGCUUUCAUGGGUAGGGAAGAGAGCAGGACGUGUAACUGUUCGAUGUCGUCUAGACAGAGCAGUAGGCAAUGCUGAUUGGCAUGAGAAGUUCCCACACUCUAAUGUCAAGUACUUGAGAUUAUGGGGAUCGGAUCAUCGUCCGAUUCUUGUAGAUAUACUGACAAAGCCAACGAGAAGAUCAAUGAAAUUCAAAUUUGAUAGGAGAUGGCUAGACAAUGAGGAACUGAGGCAAAUCAUUCUUGAGGGAUGGAAAUCUCCUGAUUUACCCCCCAAUGCGAAUAUAAUGGAACAUAUCUCUAGUUGUCGAAAAGCUUUGAGUGAGUGGAGGAAACAACACAACAUCAAUUCGGCAAAGCUAGUGGAGGAGUUAAAGGAGAAAGUUGAGGGUUUAUAUGCAGACGACAAUGCGACGACGGAGGAAAUUGCAGCAGCGUUGAAGGAAUUAUCUGAUGCUCUUAAGGCAGAAGAAAUGUUCUGGAAACAAAAGAGUAGAGUGUUUUGGCUGAGAGAGGGAGAUAAAAAUACCAAAUAUUUUCAUGCCUUAACGAAGCAAAGGAGAGCAAGGAACAAAAUCACGCAGCUUCUGGAUGUUAAUGGUACUAUAGUUGAGGAUGAGGAAGGACUGGUAGCCAUUGCUACUAGUUAUUUUCGACAAAUCUUUGAGUCAUCUACACCAGAAGACAUUGAAGAGGCGCUAUCUGAAGUUCCUACGACGAUUACAGGAACAAUGAAUGACAGCCUCACAGCUCCUGUUUCAGAAUGGGAGGUUAAAUUAGUUUUCUUUGCUAUGCAUCCAGAUAAGGCACCGGGACCAGAUGGGAUGACUGCGCUUUUUUACCAACAGUUUUGGGAUAUAGUCAAGCAGGAUUUAACUCUUAUGGUGUAUAAAUUCAUGUUUGAAGGACAUGUAGCCAAUAGUCUGAAUGAUACAAACAUAUGCCUUAUCCCGAAAACAACUAAGCCUAAUGAUAUGGCUCAGUUCCGACCCAUAAGCUUGUGCAAUGUUAGCUACAAGAUCGUCUCGAAAGUCUUAUGCCAGAGACUAAAGAAAGUCUUGCCAGGUUUGAUAUCAGAAACCCAGUCAGCCUUUGUUGCUGGAAGACAGAUUUCAGAUAAUAUCAUGAUUGCUCAAGAGAUGUUUCAUGCCCUACGAACAAAGCCGAGUGGACGUAAUAAGAGGAUGGCCAUCAAGAUAGAUAUGAGUAAGGCAUAUGAUAGGAUGGAAUGGUCGUUUAUCGAAGCUGUGAUGCGUAAGAUGGGAUUAUCUGAGACAUGGAUCACCUGGAUUAUGAGGUGCAUUACGUCGGUCAAAUACAAAGUUCUCAUGAAUGGGCAGCCAAGAGGAAAUAUUGUUCCAGCCACCCGGCAAGAGGUUAAAGAUACACUUGGAAUACACAAUGAUGGAGGGAUGGGAAAGUAUUUGGGGAUCCCAGAGGAUAUUAGUGGCUCUAAAUGUAAACUUUUUGCAUUUCUAAAGGAUAAUCUGAUGCAUAGAGUCAAUGGAUGGACUGGUCGAUGGCUCUCAAAAGGAGGAAAGGAAGUAAUGAUCAAAUCCAUUUUACUAGCUCUUCCGACAUACGUUAUGUCGACGUUUCUGCUCCCAUUGGAGAUCUGUGAAAACCUCGCUAGUGCCAUUGCACAAUUUUGGUGGAGCUCGAAUCCUCCAAAAAGAGGGAUACACUGGGCGAAAUGGGACAAGGUUUGUUUACCCAAAGAAGAGGGCGGUAUUGGCUUCCGACUAAUUCAUGAGUUCAAUUUAGCACUACUGGCAAAGCAAUUAUGGAGACUGGUCCAAUACCUUGAUUCACUGGUUUCCCGAGUAUUAGGGGGGCGAUAUUAUGGGAUGACCUCGCCAUUGAGGGCAACCUCUGCUAGCAGCCCAUCAUAUGUGUGGACAAGCAUCUCCGCAGCAAGGAAGCUUUUACUGCUAGGAAUCAGACAGAAGAUUCACUCUGGUUACGACGUCAGGGCAUGGGAGGAUCCGUGGAUUCCAACGACACCUGCUAGACCGGCUAGACCUAUAGCCCCUAUGAUGAACCUAAACAUGAGAGUCAGUGACAUCAUUAAUCAGGAAUCAAAGGAGUGGGAUGUAGGAUUACUAGAUGAUUAUGUCCAUCCUGAUGAUAUACCUCUCAUCCGCAGUAUGGCUAUAAGCUCUACUCACCGUCGAGAUACUUUUUGUUGGAACUACACGAGAAAUGGCCAAUACACAGUCAAGUCUGGAUACUGGGUUUCUCAGAACCUAUUGAAGCAAGAAGAGGAAAAAGAAAUAUUAGAGCCAAGUAUCACUAAACUUCAAGCCUUUGCUUGGAAGUUGAAAGUGCCAAGGAAGAUGUGCCAUCUUAUAUGGCAAUUGAUCACGGGUCAGGUAGCAGUAACGAGGAAUCUAGUAAGGCGUAAUAUGAGGUGCGAUAAUUAUUGCCCAAGGUGUGGGGAAAUAGAGGAAUCUGUAACUCAUGCAAUAUUUGAAUGCCCUCCAGCAUUGCAAGUAUGGUCUUUAUCGGUAACUCCUACAAGUCCAGGUAUAUUCCCAGUGGCGAGCGUCUACACAAACAUGGACUAUCUUUUCUGGAGGAAAAAUAAUAUCAUUGUACCAGACCAAGACAGGGAUCCUUAUCCCUGGAUAAUAUGGUAUAUUUGGAAGGCUCGCAAUGAUAAGCUUUUCAGGGGUAUAGAUAGAGACCCUUUGGAACUCGUUCGAUACGCAGAGAGUGAAUGCCAAGCCUUGUUUAACGCAAAUGAGAUGAUACCGCCACAAAUGGAUCUUAGACAGCUUCUGAUCGCUUUAGUGGAUGUGGAUGAGUCUGGAUGGAUAGUAGGGAGGACAUACAACUUAUGGGAACACGAAACUUUACUCGAUGUGAAUCAGCGUUGCAUUAGAAGCGCUGCGAUGGGCGAUGGAGAACAUGCUUCAACACUCGCCGUGCCAGAGCUUUGGAACGGACUGCAAAGAGCUGAUCGCAAUGAUAAAUGA